AAUACACUCUUCAUAUGCUCACUUUUUCAUAAUACUGACGUAGUCAAUAUGCAUUUGUAGAUGUCAGUCAGUGAGAAAAAAAACAUCCCAACAACAUGCCACUGCCCCAAAUCCAACCCGAACGAAGCUCUCGUCUCUGGGUGGCACUUAUGAAAAGCUCAGAGGUGAAAAUUUAAUGAUGCCCAGCCUUCAAAUUUUUCCUUCCUGCUUUUUGUUUUACCGUUUGGAUAAUGAACACAGCCAGUCCACCAAUCGGCAAGCUCCCAGCAUCUCUGAGUACUCCAUAACAAGAUUGUUUGGUCUCAGACAGAUAGAGGGAGAGUCUUUCUAAACCUUGCACCGAUCACACGUAACUUUAAUGAUGCUGAAAGGUUCUUUCCACCUCCUGACUUUAAGAGUCUUAAUGUCUUGCAUUGGCUUUGUGGGGAAUGUUUUUCUCAUCUUCUCCAUAAUUCAGACCAGGGUCUCCUCGGUCAAGACGUUUCAGCUGUUUCUUCUAGGGCUGGCUUCAGCCAACCUGGAGGAGAUUGUCAUUGUCAACAUCUAUGACAUUAUCAUUCUUCAGAAGUCCUACGAGGUCGUGGAGGCAUGGUUGUGCCGCUCGCUGAAAUUCUUGACGGUGUUGGGGGAAAUCGGCAGCAUCCUCUUCACCGUCCUCAUCAGCAUCUAUCGCUACCAGAAACUCAGAUACGCCAACAAGAGAGUCCACCUUCCCAUCUGCCUGGAUAACAUCCAUGCCGCUUGGACAGCAAUUGGGCUUUGCAUUGGUAUCUCCAUCGUCUUGAGUGCUCCCAUUUUUGUCAUGAACUUGCAAGGCUCGACAGGGAAUCUCAAGGGGAACUAUACAUGGAAUCACACGGGAUGCCCGCCGGACUUCUUUCUAUGCAACAACAACCACUGUCCGACGGUUAACCGCGUUUACAAGUACACCUUCAUUCUGUUGUGUUACCUGUUGCCUCUGACUAUUGUGACGCUUACAAGUUGCCUCAUCGUCACAGUGUUGCUUGGCCCCAGGACCACAGUGAAGCCCAUCACCACCGUGAGUGGCUUGACCCAGAAUCAGAAAAGGUGUAACGUUCGAGGGCUCCGCCGGAGCACCAUUGCAAUCCUGGUGGCAAUGACAUUGUUUCAGGUAGAUUGGACUCUUUAUUUGGUUUUCCAAAUGACUUUCACCGCCACUGACUUUCCUUUUUGGGCAGAAUUGGAAUUCUUUAUUUCAACGUCCUACACAUCCAUCAGUCCAUAUGUGUUUGGUAUUGGUAAAAGCAUGUUUUCCAACAAGAACUUUUGCAAAAAGUAAUUGUUUUGAUGUUGUCUCAUUAAGACUGUCAUAAAAAAUAAAAAACUGUCAAUGCAACAUUUGCACUUUAGGACAGUUGUCAAG